GGAAGUCGAAGUGCAGCCUUGAUGGGUUUGUUUGAUGAAGGAUCUGUACUACCUGGAGACCUACAGAGAGGGGACAAUCAGGCCAACAUGCUUGAUAACCCUUGGAAAGGAGCAGAAGCUUAUCAUUUUCUCCUUUUGGCACAACGGCAACUUUAUGAAGGUUAUGUUGAUGCUGCCAUGAAAACUUGUCUGCACUUGAGGGAAUAUGAUGGGCUUCUAGACCCAGAAGAUAUCUAUGCUCUUCUGGCUUUGGCCUCUUGUGCUAACAGGGCCUUUGCAACAUGUUCACGAGCAUUUAUAAAGCUGGAGGCUUUACCUGAGAUUUCUAAGGUAAAGAGGGAAGCAUAUGAGGACCUAGCAAUGAAUAUUUUCAUGAAGUAUAGUCCAAAGGAUUCUCGUAGCAACCGAGCAGAGUGUACAAGUUGUGAAACAAUGAUCCCUGAUUGGGUUAGUGUCUGUCCAAGCUGCAACACACGAUUUGCAACCUGCAUUGUAACAGGCCGACCAAUAAUGGAUGUAACUGCUGUAUGGACAUGCUCAGCCUGCAAGCAUUCUGCACUGGAACAAGAUAUGACCAUGCGAGCCCACUGUCCUCUGUGUCAUUCUGUCAUUUUGUCGAAUUAAAUUUCUUCAGAUAGAAUAUAAAAUACUGUAAUACAUUACAUGACACAUUCAACUCUUCUAAGGGCAGUUAUAUAUAAAACUAGCUGUGACAGUAUGUUUAACUGAUGGAGCAAUUUUAAUUUUUGAAUUGGAAUAUAAGUUGAGAUAUGGAAAAUUACCUUUAUAUUUUAUAGGCAUAAUACAGAA